AACUUUAUUUUUCACGCAGCAGGGGUGAACAACUUGUUGACAGGAGAACUCCAGCUUGUUCUCUAUUUUUUAUGGUGCUUUGAGCCAAAUCCGUUCCAUAAAUCGCUUCAAAUAAUUCUGCAGUUACAUGAUUUCCUCCAGGCCAGUGUCCCUACUGCUCUCGGAGGAGAAGGAUGUCACUUCAGUGAACAGUUGGCAGACUUCAUCGUCCUGCAUGUGAACGGCACAUAUCCUAGUCAGGUAAUCUCACACAACAGCAGUCAGAUGUUGUUCUUGAAGUCACUCUAGAGGGCAGCAAACAUGACAGAUGAAAGCGGUGACAUGCUGGAGACCAGAUAUAGGUCUCUUGUAACAAAACCAUCAUUUGCCUCCGAGCUGAAGCAGUACAAUCUCUACUUCGCUGGUACAAGACCAACCCAACAGCUUCAAAUCCAUGAGAGGAAGGGGAUGCCCGUCGUGUAUGGAGUCCUCAAGCUGUACUGGGGAACGCAGCAGGUGAUACGCCUCAAGAAAGAAGAGCCAUCAUGGAAACGCAAGAGCACGCGUCUGCCCUGCGAGAACGGACUCGACGAGAAACUCAUGAAUGCCAUGGGAAGCGGCGCGAGAAACAGGCGCUCCCUGAAACUGCGCGAUAGUGUCGGCGACAUUCCCGAGGAGAACGACGGGUCCGAUAACGACCACAGCCACGAGGAAGGCAACAAUGGGGUUUCAAAAAAAGAGGACAAUUUGGCCACCUUUGAACGAUUGAGAAUGUCUAACUCAUUGCCCAGGGAUGCCUUGAACAAUCACGAUGUGGUCGCAGAGAUUGAGAAGGCAGCGAACGGAUCGCCAAAUGGCGAUAUUGAACAGAAAGAGCUUUCAUCAACGAUGCCAAAGAAGUCAAAUUUAAGGAGGAGAACGAUGUCUUUCAGCGGGCAUCUCUAUAAUAGCAAGACGAGGGUGUUCAGACCGAGAUAUGGAACGGUUUCAAACGUGAGAGCUUCCAGUACACAAUCGACCAUCGAGGUCAUCAAACUACUACUUACUAAAUUCGCAGUGGAGAACCCUCCUGAGGAGUUCAGUCUGUUUUCAGUGUCGAACAGUGGAGGUACGCAAGAGCUGAAGACCCAUGAUUUCCCUCUCCUCAGGAGGAUACAGCUCGGUCCUGAUGAGAAUGUGGCGAAGAUCUUCGUCAUGGAGAGAAAAACUUCUCAGGUUUCCCAAGAGGUGGCCCAAUAUGUCAACUUACCAUUCCCAGUGCUACAGGCAAUCCUUCAGAAGUUCAAAGAGGAAGAAAACAAAGAGGUCGAAGAGAUAAAAAAGAAAUACUCAAUAUACCAGGCAACCUUAAAGAAAAAAAUGGAAGUCCUUAUCGAGAGCACUAGUUUAGAUACUAGGUUGUAGGAGUUUGUGAAUGUGGUAGUUUUCCUUUUUGCAGUGAACUCAUCAUUAAAAGAGCAUUUCAUUUCUCUUAUCACCCUCACACAUUCCCUCUCAGUUUGCCCAAACCUCAUUUAUUCAACCUACUCACUAGGUGGUUUCAGACCGCCUCGAAGUUCGUCAGUUCCAGGUAUUUUCUGAUCGGGAAAUUUACCCGAUCAGAAAAUACCAGGUAAUAU